AUGCUUACCAGCAGGACCUCCGGGUCAUCGCUGUGCGCCUUCAGGGCGGGAGGCCAGGGCUCCUGGGAGCCGACCCGGAAGCUCCGGAGGGGAGCUUGCUUCCCAGCCUGGUCUACGGCGGGCGCGAGUUUGCGGCCGCGGGGGUGGCACCAAGCCUCCGCGAGGUCUACCAGAUGUUCGGCCCCACGUGGAUCGGUGACUUCAGACAGGAGCCUGAAGCCCUCUACCUGCUUCAGUAUCCCGGACUGGCAUUUGAAUUUCCACUGCCUCAGGAUCUCUUCGAAGCUUUGGCCGCGGCUCAGACAAUGA